CAAGGAUGGGAGGGUUGUGUUGUCUAAACCUCUCCCAUGUUGCACCUCUCAGCCAAUCAGGAAUUGGCAUACCUGUGCCGCCGUCUAUCCUGCCACCUGGCACUUUGCUAGCCUACAUUUUCUUAGCACACUGGCAGGAAUGUGAAGCUGCGUCUGUGUGGUGAAAAGUUUCGUGACACCGCCUCCUUUUUCAUGUCUAGAGCACUGCUUGUCCCGCAGAUUAAUGGUUGCAUGCAACUUUUAGUUCCAUACUAAAAAAAAAUCACUUUAUGCUACUUACUUUUGCCCAUGUAUGGUUUAAAAUGUCACCUGAAGCCAGUUCAAUAGACCCUCCUUGUCGUUCUGUAUACCACCUACACUGACAGGACUUCAAAAGUGUGUGGUUUGUAUUUUGACUAUAAAUGAAACAAAUGUGAAGGUAUUAUGCUCCUGUAAUUCCAACAUUUGCCAGCAGGGAGAGUGCACACAAUGAGGCGUCUGUUGGGAGUCAAAGACUUGUCUUCAUGCCCCUUCCUUCAUGUCUACUGCAUGUUAGCUGCUCAGGUGUUGCUCCUCAGCCUCGACUGUAUCCAGUUUGUCCUUCCCUUUCCGCUACGUGGCCAAGAUGGCGACUACUGAGGGUGGAGGUUCAGUCGGGUGCCUCUCGUCGGCCGUCUGUCUGGGAGAGGACACCCUCGCACCCCGUCCUGGUGUCAGCGUCUGUCCGGGCAGACCUUUACCUACCCACUGCAUCACUAUGGAUUUUGGAGCUUGCCCCUUCCGGAAGAAACGGAGACCAUGGCGCUUGGACCUCUCCGCCAUCGCCUUGGCGACGGUGGUGCUCGCCGUGUGCCAGGGCACCCUGGCGCAGGCAGACCCGGUGGAUGUGCUGCGGGCCAUGCAGGUUCCCUCUCUUCCCGAGGGCGUGAAGAAAGUUCCGGGCUUCUGCACGUCCCGCCGCUCUAGCAGCCCUGACCAAGCCUACCGCAUCACCAAGAAGGCCCAGAUCUCCGCCCCCACCAAGCAGCUCUUCUCAGGUCGUUUCCCGGAGAACUUCUCCGUCAUGGCGCUGGUGAAGCCGCAUGCGGGCCUCCAGGCCUUCCUGCUGUCCAUCUACAGCGAGCAGGGCGUCCAGCAGCUGGGCAUUGAGCUCGGCCGCUCGCCCGUUUUCCUGUACGAGGACCAGAACGGCAAGCCAGCCCCCGAAGAUUACCCGCUCUUCAAAGGCGUCAACCUGGCUGAUGGCAAGUGGCAUCGCAUCGCCUUCUCGGUGUCCAAGAAGAACGUGACGCUGCUACUGGACUGCAAGAAGAAGAUGAGCCGCCCGCUGCCCCGCGGCAACAACGCCGAGGUUGACACUAACGGCAUCACCGUGUUUGGCGCCCGUCUGCUGGACGAGGAAGUGUUCCAGGGCGACAUUCAGCAGCUCCUAAUCGCCUCCAACGCUCAGGCCGCCUACGACUUCUGUGAGCACUAUAGCCCCGACUGCGACGCCCCGCCCAAGACCCAGGCCCAGGACCCCAACACAUACAAGAUGAAUGGCAAAGCAGCCCCCACCAAAUCCACUCCAGCCAAAGCCAAGCCCACCAAAGCUGCCAAGGGCGCAACCUUCAAAGUAGUCAAGGCUCCGAUGCCCAACAAAUCUCCCAAGGCUUCUACGGCCAAGCCGUCCAAAGCCAAGCCUACUCCCGCCGCUGUCUUCUUGUCCAAGAUCAAGACCACAACUUUGGUUAAGGUGAAACCCUCCACGGCCCCAACUAAGAAACAGGUUGUGGAGAAGAAGGCCAAUGGGAAGUCUGUUGUGGUCAAAACUGUUAAAAAUGUUAAAGUUUCCAACGGGGGCGGCAAAGCUGUCGUAGAGAAGAAGGCCAUUGUAAAGUCCUCAACUGAGAAAAAAGCCAUUGGCAAGGUGGUGACCAAGACUGGCGGAAAUGGGAAAGCAACAAUUGAGGUGAAAGACGUUAAGGUCAAAGUUAACGGGAGAGCUGAGAACAAAGUGAGCAGUGAAGCUAAAGCAACUAGCAACAGCAAAGUUACUGUGGUAGAAAAGAAAGGUCAGUCAAAAACUGAAACCACUACAAAAGCAAAGACUGUCACUGUAAAAGUAGAGAAGACUACAGUGAGUGCUGCGACAACCGCUUCCAAAGUAGAAGCUACCAAGGCUCCUAAGGCCACAAAAGCAGCGAAACCAGAACCAACAAAAGCAGCCAAAACUUUGGUGGAAAAGGCUCAAGUGACUUCAGAAGUCAAAGUUAAAACAGUGGUCUCCAAACUGCCUGUCGUAAAGCCAACAGCGAGCAAGGCUGUGAAAACCAUUGUGGAGAAGGUGCCCUUUGUCAAGAAGGUCCUCACGACGUCUGCUCCUGUCCGGCCCACUCCGCCAAGGCCCACCAAGACUAAGGUUGUGCUGGACAAUAACGUCAAAUCCUUGCACAAACCUUUCCCUCCUUUCGACAAGACGGCGCUGAGUGGAACAGCUGUCCCCGCCAAGAAAUUUGACAACGGUUACCAACAGGAUGUAGACACUGAAUAUUCCGAGGCUGGCCACACCCCCACAGAGACUGAUUAUUUCUAUGAGGAGACGCUGCCCGAGCCCGAGCCCGAGGCUGAGGCUGAGGCGACUGGACAAGAAGAAAGCCCUACGCAGCCCCAGGAGGAGACAAUGCUGGUCGGGGAGGAGGUGGACUCCACCAAGACGGGCGGUGCGGACGAGGAGCCUUUCGCCGAGGAGUACGUGACCGGGGACAUGGGCAUGAAGGAAUACGACUAUUCCUAUCGGGACUACGGCGAGCCGCGACCUGAGGCCCGAGAGGUGGAAGGCGACUUUGGCCCCGCCCUGUCCGCUGUGACAGACGAGGGAGGCGCGUCCUAUAGAGCUCAGAAGGGAGAGAAAGGAGAGCCCGCCGUCCUGGAGCCUGGCAUGCUGAUUGAGGGACCUCCUGGGCCUGAAGGACCUGCUGGUUCCACCGGUCCCCCUGGUAACUCCGGCCCUCCCGGCUCCGUUGGCGAUCCCGGCGAGAGGGGGCCUCCCGGAAAGGCCGGUUUGCCUGGUGCUGACGGUGUUGCCGGACCCCCCGGAUCCUCAGUGAUGCUGCCUUUCCGUUUUGGUCAGAGUGGUGGAGAUAAGGGACCCGUUGUGUCCGCACAGGAAGCCCAAGCAGCCGCCAUCUUGUCUCAGGCCAGAAUGGCUCUGAAAGGACCUCCUGGACCAAUGGGAUUCACCGGACGUCCUGGACCACAGGGAAACCCAGGUAGUCAUGGUCUGAAAGGAGAAAGUGGAGACCCGGGUCCCCAGGGGCCCAGGGGACCUCAUGGUCUGAUGGGACCACCCGGCAAAGCAGGAAGGAGAGGCCGUGCUGGAGCUGAUGGAGCCAGGGGAAUGCCUGGAGAGCCCGGCACUAAGGGCGACCGUGGCUUCGAUGGUCUUCCUGGUUUGCCCGGGGACAAGGGACACAGGGGUGACACAGGACCCCUGGGCCCUCCCGGAUCUCAAGGAGAGGAUGGCGAGAGGGGGGAUGACGGCGAGGUUGGACCAAGGGGUCUCCCAGGUGAACCAGGACCUCGUGGCUUACUCGGACCAAAAGGUCCUGCCGGAAUUCCAGGACCCCCUGGUGUUCGAGGAAACGACGGGCCCGUUGGUCCUAAGGGGAACCUGGGUCCUCAAGGAGAGCCCGGUCCUCCGGGUCAGCAGGGAACAUCAGGAACUCAGGGAAUGCCAGGACCUCAGGGAGCCAUGGGACCCCACGGAGAGAAGGGUCCUACAGGAAAACCAGGUCUUCCAGGAAUGCCCGGCGCUGACGGCCCUCCUGGUCACCCAGGAAAAGAGGGACCCUCAGGCACCAAGGGUAACCAGGGCCCCAAUGGCCCCCAAGGCUCUAUUGGCUAUCCUGGCCCUCGUGGCAUCAAGGGGGAGCAAGGAAUCCGAGGACUAAAGGGUCACAAGGGCGAGAAGGGAGAAGAUGGUUUCCCCGGAAUUAAGGGAGACUUUGGCGUCAAAGGAGAGAGGGGCGAGAUCGGAGUGUCUGGUCCCAGAGGAGAGGACGGCCCAGAGGGGCCAAAGGGUCGCGUUGGGCCUCCUGGUGAGCUCGGACCUCUCGGUCUUGUUGGAGAGAAGGGCAAACUUGGUGUUCCUGGACUUCCUGGAUACCCUGGAAGACAAGGACCCAAAGGGUCUUUGGGAUUCCCAGGAUUCCCCGGCUCAAAUGGCGAGAAGGGAACAAGGGGCCUGACAGGCAAACCAGGACCAAGAGGACAAAGAGGACCAACGGGUCCCAGAGGUCAGCGAGGACCACGAGGGGCCACCGGAAAGUCGGGUGCAAAGGGAACUUCCGGAAGCGACGGUCCUCAUGGUCCACUCGGAGAGAGGGGAUUGCCCGGACUUCAGGGAGCCAAUGGUUUCCCCGGACCUAAAGGACCUCCCGGACCACCAGGAAAGGAUGGGCUUCCUGGACAUCCUGGACAGAGAGGAGAAGUUGGUUUCCAAGGAAAAAUGGGCCCACCGGGGCCUCCUGGAGUAGUCGGACCUCAGGGUCCAUCAGGAGAGACUGGUCCCUUGGGUGAGCGCGGCCACCCCGGACCACCUGGUCCACCUGGAGAGCAGGGACUUUCUGGCCCCUCAGGGAAGGAAGGUACAAAGGGAGACCCAGGACCUGCAGGAGGUCCAGGUAAAGACGGACCACCUGGAUUGAGAGGCUUCCCUGGAGAGAGAGGACUUCCUGGUACCCCUGGAGGUGGAGGACUGAAGGGAAGCGAAGGACCUGCCGGACCUCCUGGACCUGCUGGAUCUCCUGGUGAGAGAGGACCUGCUGGCACUGCCGGACCUGUCGGACCCCCUGGCAGACCAGGCCCACAGGGACCUCCUGGUGCCGCAGGAGAGAAGGGUGUUCCUGGUGAGAAAGGUCCAAUCGGCCCUGCAGGUCGGGAUGGAGUACAGGGUCCUGUGGGUCUUCCAGGCCCGGCUGGAACACCAGGAGGACCUGGAGAGGAUGGAGACAAGGGUGAGGUGGGAGAACCCGGCCAGAAGGGGUCGAAAGGAGGCAAAGGAGAGCAUGGACCUCCCGGACCACCUGGGCCAUUGGGUCCUGUUGGUCAGCCUGGCCCUGCUGGUGCUGAUGGCGAGCUCGGACCUAGAGGCCAACAGGGGACUUUUGGAGCCAAAGGAGACGAAGGAUCCAGAGGAUUCCCUGGAGCCCCUGGUCCCAUCGGACUGCAGGGACUGCCAGGACCACCAGGGGAAAAGGGAGAGACUGGUGAUGUUGGACCUCUGGGUCCUCCAGGCCCUCCAGGACCUCGCGGCCCUGCUGGACCCAACGGCGCUGACGGUCCCCAAGGGCCUCCUGGAGGUUUGGGUAAUCCUGGACCUAUUGGAGAGAAGGGAGAGCCUGGAGAGGGCGGACCACCUGGAAUUGGAGGUGAACCAGGAAAGAAGGGUCCUCGAGGCGAGCGCGGAGAGAAGGGAGAGUCAGGACAACCUGGAACCGCUGGAACUGUUGGAGGACGAGGACGUCCUGGAGAUGAUGGUCCUAAAGGAAACCCUGGUCCAGUCGGUUUCCCAGGUGAUCCUGGUCCCGCCGGUGAGCUUGGACCCAGAGGCCAAGAUGGCGCCAAAGGAGAGCGAGGAGAAGAUGGUGAACAGGGAGAAUCUGGCUCUCCUGGUCCCCCUGGAGAGAACGGAACUCCUGGUCCCCCAGGAAAGAGGGGUCCUGCUGGGACAAGAGGACCUGAAGGGCGGCAAGGAGAAAAGGGAACCAAGGGCGACACAGGCGCCCUCGGCCCCCCAGGAAAGACCGGUCCUGUCGGUCCUCAGGGACAACCAGGAAAACCAGGAACUGAAGGUCUGCGGGGUCUCCCAGGAUCAGUGGGUGAGCAAGGAUCUCCCGGCGCGGCCGGACCCAAGGGACCACCCGGACCUAUUGGACCUCCAGGUUUGCUGGGUCUGCGAGGAGACCCUGGUGCUAAAGGAGAGAAGGGACACCCCGGUCUUAUUGGCCUCAUAGGACCCCCAGGAGAGCAGGGAGAGAAGGGUGAUAGGGGUAUGCCUGGACCUCACGGUUCAAGCGGACCCAAGGGAGAAACUGGAAUGACCGGAGGCACUGGACCCCUUGGGCCUGCUGGUCCUCCUGGUCAUCCUGGUCCUCAAGGUGUCAAAGGAGCUAAGGGUGCCUCUGGAGGAGCUGGUCCUAAAGGAGAGAAGGGUGUUCCAGGACCUCAGGGAGUUCCCGGCCCACCAGGCGAGGUCAUACAGCCCCUCCCCAUCCAGAGGAGCCCCAAGUCCAAACGCUCUAUCGAUGCCAGCCAACUGCUCCCCGAAUCUGACCCCGACAUGCCUGCAUCAGACGCCACUGGGGCUGAGUUCCUGAUGGGAAGCGACGGCAUGGAGGAGAUUUUCGGUUCCCUCAACUCCCUGCGACAAGAGAUCGAUACCAUGCGCUUCCCGUUGGGAACCCAGGACAGUCCGGCCCGCACCUGCCUGGAUCUUCACCUCAGCCAGCCCGAGCUCAAAGACGGAGAAUACUGGAUUGACCCCAACCAAGGCUGUUCCAGAGACUCCUUCAAGGUCUUCUGUAACUUCACCAGUGCAGAGACGUGCCUGCACCCCCACAAGAGCAUCAACACGGUGAAGAUGAGCUCGUGGGACAAAGAGACUCCAGGAUCAUGGUUCAGUCAGUUUGCCACAGGCAGCAAGUUCUCUUACGUUGACUCGGACGGCGAGCCAGUGGGUGUGGUCCAACUGGGCUUCCUGCGUCUCCUGAGCGUCCAGGUCCGCCAGAACUUCACCUACAACUGCCACCGCUCGGUGGCGUGGGCCGACCGUAGCGCCAAGAACAACUACGACCGUGCACUGCGCUUCCAGGCCGCCAACGAAGACGAGCUGAGCUACGAGACCAACCCGUACAUCGAGGCGCUAGUGGACGGCUGCUCUUAUCGUAAAGGCUUCGACAGAACGGUGCUGGAGAUCAACACGCCACAGGUGGAACAUCUCCCUCUGCUGGACAUCAAAGUGUCAGACUUUGGGGAGAGCAACCAACAGUUUGGAUUUGAAGUGGGACCUGUGUGCUUCCAAGGCUAAUCUCUCACACACACGCGCACUUAGAGACACCUACACACUCAUACACACCCAGUAAAUUAACUUGUAAAUGCUAUGGAAUACACACACACACACACACACACACACACACACACACACACACACAGAUGGAUGGUGUUGUGAGGCAAAAGGCAGCAUCCUCCGUGGAAAAAAAAAACAGCAUAAAAAAGUGAAGGAAGUCUAGAGGGGAAGUCCACCGAGAGGAGCGGCUUCUUCACAGCCACGCAGCAUCCGGAACGAGGGCCGGCCAACAAGAGGAAGCCGGCCGCAAACUUGAGGCCCCACCGACACCCGCCCCUUCUCUACGCCCCCUCCGUCUCUCAGCUUGUCCCAGCUGAUCCACAUGAGAAGGAACCUGCCACCAACUGCCUCCUGUGAACUUACUGCUCGGUCACGAAGACCUCUGCACCGCUUGAAAAUGUGACCCACAACCCCCAACCCCCUCUUCCUGCUAAGGUGUCCUCCACACGGGACCUCCGCAUUCUCCAUCCAGCGCUCGCCUCCCGACAGCAGGGUUGCCAAAUGUUCCAGCAUGCCUUCUUCGCUGAAUAAAAAGCUUGUUUCCCUGAGAGAAAGCGUGUGGCAAAGUGCUAAUUGUGCCAAAGUUCGACUCCCGUUUGUCUCCUUCAUGACGCCAUCAAGCCUCCGCCUGGGCAAAUGUGCAUUACACUCCAUUUGUACAGAAAUAGUGAUAUUCUAUUGUAUUUAUUGAAGAACAAACAGGGUGCUUUGAGAUUAAACAAAUAAUAAUAACGGACCACCAAAUAUUCCCGUCACAUGUGGUAUAUGUCAUUUGUGUUUAUUUCUUCUGGCGGGCGGCCUCCAACCUCACCGCCGGCCUUUUUUGGGAAGAUUAAAGAAUCCGCGGCCAUGUUGGAUUGUGACAUCAAACCUGUCAGCGCUGCGCUGUUCAAGUGUUGCUUCCAGUGGAACCAUUAAAAAGGUGACUCUCCAGCUCUGUGUUGACGUGCGCUGCUUUCCGGGUGCACACUUUUCCUGCGGUGUUUUUCUUUCUGAUUGCUUGCAAGCUGGGGGGCCGAGGGAGCGGGGGGGAUGUUUCUGUCAGCCAUAUUGUGUUUUUGUUAUGCAAAGUUAUUUUGUUUGUGUCAUCUUAAGUCCUAAUGUUUUUAAAUAUAUCCAGGGGAGUGGGCGGUGCUGGCGGAAACCUAAAACCAAAUUUUAAAAAAAUGUCCUUCAGAGAACGACCUCAACUAUUAGUUUGUUUUUACUGCGUUGAAGAUCUUUCAACAAAAGAAAUAUGGUGCUGACAAAAGUAUUAUUUCAUGUUUGUAAGUAUUUUUUUUUUUUAUGUAAUAUAUAAUCUUUUCUAAAAUGACCUUUUUGACUUGUGUGUUUUCUUCCCAACGUUGGGAGGCAUGCCUGUAUUACAACAAUUGGCCACAGGGCGGC